CGUUCCGGAGGAGCAGGUGGCUUCGGAGGUUCAGAUGUCUUCGGAGGUCUAGGAGGUUUCGGUGGCCCGGGCGGUCCAAGCGAUUUCGGUGGUUCAGGCAGCCUAGGCGGUGGCGAUCCACACCGCCCUCACUCUCAUGGUUCCGUCAUAUUUAGAGGUCAUCUCGCCGGCCGAGGUGGUUUCGGGGGUCCAGAAGCCGGAAUUAGCGGUUCAGGCGGCAGUCAAAACGGCUUCGGAGGUCCACCUCCAGGCACAAUCGGCGGUCCAGGUCCCGUCAUAGUAGGAGGUCCAGGCGGCGGUCAAGAUGGCUUCGGAGGUCUACGCGGUAUGUAUGGCGGCUUCGGCUUUCCAAGGCAUGUAGAAAAGGAUGAAAGUGUGCAAUGA